AUGGAAUACGGAAAGGAAGUAACGUUUCCUGCGGUCACUAUUUGUAACCUCAACCCGAUACGUGUGUCCAAGGUAAUAGACGCUCUGAACGACGAGAUUUACGCCAGUCGCAUGGAUCCCCUAUUUUCAAGCAAGUGGCCUAUCAGACUUAUGCCAGCGGCCGUGAACGAACUGCAUACCCAGAAAAGACCGCCGGCCGCUGCACCACCCAAAUCGGCAGAUUCUUCUCUAGGUCCUAAACCGUCCGUUGCUCCAAAUAGUCCGUCUGGAAAUGGUCCAUCGCCCCUAGGUAAUGCAGAUGGUAUGAGUAACCAAGGUCCUGGGCCAGGAGCAACUGGAUCCCCGUCGGGUUCGCAGCAAGUGCGUGACAAAAGAGGCGCCAACUCUUCCUCUAACUCGAACUUUACCGACAUAGAGAGUUUCUGGCAGCAUAAAAUAGAAUCGGCACAGUUUUAUGACGGACAAGCACCCAAAGUAAAAACUACCGAGAUAUUCCAACAGAUUUACGCAAAUAUGUCUGAUGAUCUCAAAACGUUCCUUGGCCAUAAAAUGGACGAAAUGUUGUACGAAUGUUCCUUUAAUGGAAAGGAGUGUUCACCCAGAAACUUCACCAGAUUCUUCAACUACAAGUAUGGUAGUUGCUAUACAUUCAAUUCAGGUCUACCGAAACAUCCUUUACAGACGUCAUUUAGACCAGGACCGCUGUCUGGCCUAUCUUUAGCCGUGGAUAUCCAGCAGGACGAGUACGUUGGCGGGUUGACACACGAGGCAGGCCUGCGGGUACUGAUCCACAGCCAGUCUGUCGUACCUUUCCCAGAAGACGAGGGGUUCACCGUCUCGCCAGGCUUCGCCACAUCAGCUGGCAUGCGUUUGGUGAACAUCACAAGGUUGGAGCACCCGUAUAAAAGCAACUGUACACGAGGCCUGCGAACUCGAUAUAGCACCACUGAUAAAAUGCAUCACAGAUAUUCUAGAGAUCAGAUGACGACAAUCUAUGCAGAGAGGGGCACUGACAUGGCCAGUAUGGACUCUUCCUAUGUGCAGAAAAACUUGUUGCGCUUGGACGUUUUCUUCCAACAACUCAACUAUGAAAACGUGGAGGAAAUCGAAGCUCAGGGAGCGUCCUAUUUGGUGAGCAGUAUCGGUGGCCUUGCAGGGUUUUACAUUGGAGUUUCCGUGUGCACGGUGUGCGAGUUUGUUCAGUUGAUUUGCACUCUCGUCGCAGUGCCGUCCGCAGAACCAAGACAUCUGUCACACAGAGCAGACUACCAAACCAGAACGCAAGCGUCGCGCGACCAUCCCCAUCUCUGUCAUUGUUAAUGCACGUACCG